GAAAAAGUUCAAUAUCGAAACAAUACGUAGACGUAAGUGAGCACAAUUUUAAAUAGGAAAAAAUCAUCAAAUAAUUGCUAGUAAACUAGUUUUAAAUUAAUGAAAACCAAUUAAUCAUUUAGUGUAAAAGUAUAGCCAUUAAAAACAAUAGAAAUUUCAUUCAAAAUAACGAUGAAAAGUUGAUAUAUUGAUGAUGAAAACUUUUUACAUGCCAAGUAGCUAGUCAGUGUGAAAUAGUGAGUUACCAACAACAACAACAAUAGUUACACAAAAAAGAAAAAGCGAACACCGAACGAAAGAACACCACAGAACCGGCAAAUCCGCACAUACGAACAUAUGUCAAAAUUUGAACGACAGCAGUACAAGCAAAAGCAGCGACUAAAAAGGCACACAUUUCGAGUCCGAGUUCGAGGACGGGUCCGAGCCAGGCGCAGUAACGCGAAAUUGGUCAGGCGAACGCGUGUACAGGGCAGCAGGGCACAACGGGAGUCGCCGUAAAUCUACCAACUGUAAGCGCCACAAAACGCUAUUCGUGGACUCACUAAAAUGCCGCGAAUGCCGAUUUACUUCCAGUUUUUAAUAGAACUCUGCGAUUAGGUCUCGAAAAAAAUCCAAAGCAAGCGGGCAAAUGCUAUGAAUUUAUUGUUUCAAGCGAUGCCUCGAAGUGUGCUCUCAUCAACGGAAUCGAACAACGGGCCGAAAUUGUUUUUCCGCACCGCGAAGUAAAACGUGUGGGUGUUUAAUAUCGCUGUGAUAUCGUGACGUAUGUAUGUGUGAGCAGUGGUCAUUGCAAAAAAAAUCUAAAAUAUACAUAUAUGUAUCACGCCUAAAAGCACACUGCAGGUUUGCUAUGCGAGCAUGUGUAGGUGAGUCUGUCUGCCGUGCAGAACAUGUAAGGACCUUAAACACAAAGAAAGCAGUAACAAGCGCGGCAAAGUGUGAAACAGCGAAGUAACGUUGAGUCAAAGUAAACCGAAAACAGCAGAAUUCAUGCGAAAAGACAACGACGACGAAAAGGCAUUCAAGUGCAGAAGACGAAUUGAAUGCAAAGAUAAAUACGAAGACAGCAGCAGCAGCAGCAACUGCAACAACAACAACAGCAAGCUAGCCAGUCAGUGAAGCCGGGCAGCGCUGGCACGGAAACGCUUGUAGUGGGUGUCUCGCCGCGGAGUGGCAACUGCUCAGCGGCAGCGUAUUCGAGUAAGCGGCAGCGGCGCUAAGGAUAAUGGCGAAGAGCAAAAACACGACAACACAAUGAGCUGCGGUUUCACAAAAAGCUCCUUAAUAAAUUACACAUAACACAUUAGAAAUUGAAACGGUAUGGUGAAAAUGGAAUCCACAGAAGAACAGGAUCGAAAGUUAGUAUUGGAGUUUUGUCAUUUGCUCGAAAAGUCUAAGCAACUCUUCAAUGGACUCAGAGACCUGCCACAAUAUGGUCACAGGCAGUGGCAGGCGUAUUUCGGACGCACUUUUGAUGUUUACACGAAAUUAUGGAAAUUCCAGCAACAGCAUCGCAUGGUAUUGGACUCGAAAUACGGAUUGAAGCGUUGGCAAAUAGGCGAAAUUGCAAGCAAAAUAGGACAGCUUUAUUAUCAUUACUACUUAAGAACCAGCGAAACGAACUACCUGAACGAAGCUUAUCAAUUUUAUGCAGCUAUUAGGGGUAGGGCUUAUUACUCGCGUGCGAUCAAAGAAGAUCGGCCCGAUUUAAUGGUGAAGAAGUUGCGUUACUAUGCGCGAUUUAUUGUUGUUUGUUUGCUGUUGAAGAAAAUGAAGCUUGUUCGUGAGUUAGUGACAGAACUGGAAAAGCAAAUACAGGAAUACACAACAACUUACGAGCCAGAAGACCAUUUAGAAUGGUCAUUAGUUUUAGAAGAGAUCAAAGGUUUUAUAAAAGCUGAAGCUGCCGUGGCUGUUCUUCAUGCGGAUUCCAAUCCCAUCAUACUUUCACACAGUGGUUCCGGUUCUAGGUUGUCGCCGCUAACGACGCCACCAUGUGAACGUUCGCCGCACAUGACGUUGAGCCUGCAGGAGAUACUCAUUGUUGGCUCGGCGUGCGAACAAGCGAAGUUCUCUGAGUUAACAAUGGACAUGUUUAGAAUGUUACAAACGCUCGAACGGGAACCAACGGAAUCAACGCAUCCGAUGAGCAUCACACAUGGCAUGCACGGGCACGAUGCCAGCCCGGCUGCCAGCCGCAUACCACCAUAUGGUGUUCCAGGUUCUAAGGGUUACUUAGAAAAUGGCCGUCAUUAUAGAGACAAUCCUCACAAAUAUUUACUAUACAAGCCUUCUAUUAGUCAACUUCUGGUGUUCUUAGCUAGUGGAUUUAAAGAAUUGCCUCCAGGAGGCGCAUUACUCUUAUAUAUGUCAGCUGAUGGUUGUUUCUCGACUACAAAACAUCCAGAGGACUAUGGCUAUGAAUUGGGUGGCCUUGCUACGAGCGUCAAGCGUGAUGGCGUCGAAGGCGGUGGCAUAGCGUGCCGAGGGAAGUCCUACAAGGAGAAUCAUUGUUUGUAUCCCGGAGACUUGUAUCCAUUCACACGAAGACCAAUGUUCAUUAUCAUCGAUUCGGAUAAUUCGUUUGUCUUUCAACACAUCCCCCGGUACUUUGGCCAACCAUUAGUCAUAUUAAUGUCACCGCAGGAUGUACCGCCCGCAUUCCAAGCUGAUGUCCAACAUCAUGGUUCACUGUUCACAUUGUUCCUGCAUUCCCCCCUGACGGCGCUCUGCUACAUCUGUAAUGUCGGUGAUGUGCCCAUACAUCAUUGGGAGCGCUGCCAAUCGCACGUAGACCGCUUCAUAACAGAGGCAUCAAGACUUGUGACGCGCUGUCGCAUCGAUGAAAUCGAGCAGGGCAUAGGUUUUAUAGACUCAUCGUACGUACAGUUCUUCGGUGAUGACUUCUUACGAACGCUAAUACUACGUUUCGUCUUCUGUGAUGUUGUACUGAGAUUGCAUCGUGGCUUUCGUGGACGUCAUAUGAGACCACGAUGCGAGCCACCAUUGCCAUCCAAUGAGUUACUCGAGCAUCCAUCACUGUCGCAUAUUAUAUUCCAAUUAGCGUCGGCGCUCGAUGUGCGCGGCCAUUUCUCCGACGGACCCGAAUGCGACUGAUGAUUUUUUAGUAAUACUUGUAAAAAUAUUUAUUAUUUAAAUUUUCUUGUAAAGCAAACAAUAGUCAUUAGUAGUACAGCAAUAGCAAGACAAACACGCAAGUUGGCAAAAGUUAACUCUGGCAAUGGCAAUAUGAUUGGGAGUGAUUAUAAGAUUGCGAGCAGAAGAAAUAAAUUUAAUUAUUACGAUAUUUAUUAUAAUAAAAUUAUUGUAAUUUUCUAUGAAAUAUAUAUAACUAUUUACAUUUAUUUUUUUCUUAGUAUCGGUUCCAUAGCGACUUUUUUACAACAUACAUACUUAGGUGCAUACAAGAAAGUUUGUAAAAGAAAUAUAAUUAAUUACAAAUGCAGUAAUUGUAAAAAAACUAAAAAUGGAAAAAAUAAAAAUAAAUAAUUUUAUUUCUUUUCUCACAAUUAAUUAUAAUAAACUGUAGAUAAACUUUAUGGUUUAUGACAGCUAACAAAUUUUACAACUGAGCGAAAUAAAAGAGAUAUAAUUAUUGCGAUAAAUUAGUGCUAAACCAGAAAAAUAUUGCUGAGCUUCAAUUGAUGCAGAAUAAAAACAAAGUCUUGAAGACGUAUUUACAUGCAUACAUGUAAAACUACGUAUGUAUGGAUAACGCUAAGAAAAAUUUGUAAAGUUAAAAGCCGAAAUAUAUUUAUAUGUAUAUGGGCAGUAUAGAAAACUAUCAAGAGUAUACGCUUUGACAAAGAGGAUAUACAAAUUUCUACUUGCUGUGCUUAAAUGACUUGCAAGUAAUUUAUUUAUAAUUUUUAAAAAGUAAUCUAUUUCUUUUUAAUACUUUCCUUUUAAAAAGCUUAACUGAUAAAGUUAAGCAUAAGUUCAGCCUGUUGAUAGGUCAUAUAUACAUAUGUGUCAAAUAUUAUUAAGUAUUUGUUCUACAAUCUGUGAAAAUUUGGUUCGAGCAGAAAAACACUGUAGUUGUUGCCAUUUUUGCGAUUCCUGUUUAAAUUAUAGAAUUUUAGACUUUUUCAAUCUGAAAAAUAAUUUCUUGAUAAACAAAGAAAUACGUACAUGUUUAAUACUUUUCUACAUUGGAAUCCGAAGAAAGAACAAUCCAGCUUGUUCCAAACUUUGAUUAUCAUUUCAUUUAAAGUUAUAUAACAAAUUUGUUUCGAAUUAAAUGGCAAAACAUACCAAUUUUAAUAUUUCUAUUUGAAUUUUGCAAAAUUUGUUAGAUAUUUAUUUUUGUAUACGUAGAAAUCAGGUCUAUUUAAUUAGUCACAAUUUAUCUAGCAAUUUUGCGUUGGCAUUUUACUGAAAACUUUAAUAAUUUUUUUUUAGAACUUUGAAAUAUUCUUUUUAUUUAUGAAUUGUUUCGACUUUUAACUUAUUUAGUAUAUAAACUAUACCAUCUUUUAAGUUGGAUCAAAUCGGUGCAUAAGUAUUGCACUAUACUCCGGACAAAACGUGACCACGUAUUUUUAGUUGAGAUAUAAACAAUACUGUCCUUGAAGAGUUGCAUGAAAUUGGACAUAAUGUGCUUAAUUCGACCAAAAUUGUUACGUAUCUUCAUCCAUUCAAACUUGUAAAAAUCUACAUUCGGGCGCAUAAAUUUGAAUAAUUAGGGCGGUCUUUUUUUCAAUAAUUUUUUUCUGUGUCCAAAUAGCUUUUAUAUUUUAGAAAUUAAAUUUCAAGCCAGAUUUCUCUGUGUUUUUUUAACAACGGCUAGCAAAGUCAUUUAAGUACAGCAAUCGCUGUUGUUGCGUCCGGGUAUGAGUAUAAAAGCUUUAAAUAUUAGGAUGCCUACAGGCAUCCAGUGCUGUUAGUUAAGAUGAAGCUUUAAAAGCUGCAAUUAAUUCAGUUAAGUACUUACAUGUAUCUAUUAUUCUCUACCUCUUAUUUAACUAGUCUUUCUGCCAACCAAAAGGCAACUAGAACAAAAACAAACAAAAUGUCCUUUAUGCUCAUGACUGGUCACACAAAACACAACAGUUGAACACCGAUUUGCUAAUUCAUAAGUUGUAUGCAAAUACAUGAAAAAUGAAAACGCAGAAAAAAUUUAAUAAAAAUACAAAUAAAACUUAAGUAUUAUAAUGAAAGAGAAGUAAAUAUUAUAAAAGCCGGAAAUACAGUUAAAUUUAGCUCACUUUCUACAUAUACGCAAAUGAAAAAAUAAGCAUUAAAACUUAUAAUUAAUACAUAAAGCAAAACAGAAAACUAAAAAUAAUUACAAAUAAUUCAAAAAGAAAAAGAAAAUCGAGCAAAAACGUACGAAGCAAACUGUAUUUUUACUAUAUGAAUAAACAAAAAUCGCGGUAGGUUUGUGUGAAUGGCUACACAGGAACAACAUUCAUUUGUAAUAUACAUAAUGCGCUAGGUAUGUUGAUGAUAAAUAUGACAAAUUAAUAUAAAUACAUAAAUACAUAAAAAAAUAUACUCAUUUUAUAAUAUAUUUUUGCGGGAAAAAUUUUAUACGAUGCAAUGAAACAAAAGUAUAUAUAUAAAUACCAUAACUAUAAAUUUAAAUUACGAUAAAAUAGCAUAUACAUACAUACUUAUAAUUAUAUAUACAUACAUAUAUAUAAAUAAUAGAUUUAUACUAAUGAAUUAUGAUAUAUAGUAUACAAAAUCCAGUGAAAUCAGCAAAGCAAAUCAAUAGCAUUAAAUAGGCAAAUGAGAGCAGCAAAUAGCGUGGGAGACGAACGAAAUUUAUAUAUACACUCAAACAUAUAUGUGACAUCAAACAAAAGAGCAAAAGCGUGUAAUAAUGGUGAAAUGGCAAAAUGACUGUAGUAUGUAUUGACAACAUUAUGCUGACGAUGAUUAUUACAGAAACUAAAAAUUAAAAAACAAUAGCAAAAGUGUGGAAAAUCGGACAAAAACGUUUGAUAUUUCUUAGGAAACUGAGAUUACUGGGGGAUAUAGCAAAAAAUGUCUAUACAAAUUUGUUUCAUCACAAACCUCUUCCUAUGCUUUUUCGUAAAUGCAAUGUUUCCACAAUGCGGCUGAGGGGGGCUGGUUUUUAAGCAAUUUGAGGAGUCCAAAAUAUAACUCGCAUUAAAUCUUUGAUCUUGUUGUUUGAGCAAUACUUAUAUUUAAAUUUUUUAAUUUGGAAACUUAUAUGACCAUGUGAUUUUUAAAACUAUAUAAAUUUCCAUAAAUGCAUAUUUUUCAAGACGAAUUAACCCUCAGUCCAUUGUAAGAUGUUUAUCUUGCUAAAAAAUGUUUGCCUAAAAUUGCCAGCAUAUUUAUACAAACAUAGUUAUUUACCUUAUAUACAUACCUGUAGUGUACUGCAAUAAAUUUCGAUUAUAACCUUUGGAGUUUCUAUUAAUUACGCUUUGUUAAAUGACCGUUAUAUACUAUAUACUGUUCGCGUGCAAAAAAAAUUUACAAGUCAAAAUCCUUAGUAGUAUAUACAAAAAUACAUAAGUUGGUGGAAUUUAUAAAACCCAAAAGUACUUACGUAACCAUGAAGUAAUUUCCUCUCUCAAAAAACCAAAAAAAAAAUAAAAAUCGGAAAAAACCACGCCCAUAAGAGUUUCAAACUUGCCACCUACAUUUGUUUAAUCAUUUUCAAAGUGAAAACGAAAAAAAAAUAAAACAAAACAAUUAUGUAAUAACUUAAAGUAAUAUUAAAAAAUAUACAUACAUACAAUAUAUAUAUAUAUAUAUUAAAUUUUGUAAUUAACUGGUGGGUCAUGCAGGGCAAUCUGGUUGGCGUUCAAUGAAUGAAGACUCGCUUGAGAGCCGGUAAAAAUAUUUAAUAAAUUCAACAUAAAUCUUAGCAAAUAUACUAAACUGCGAAAGUAUAAACAACAAAUUAUGGCAGCCAAGCAAAAAAAUUUAUGAAAUAAACAAUAUUCUGCAUUUAAUCAACUAACAUAUUGAUAUACAAACUCAUUGCAAGCAUUUACAUAGGAGCAACAACUACAUACUUAUGUACAUACGUGUACUUUCAGCCAAUACACACAUACACAUACAUACAUACAAAAGAAGUCCAAGAAAGUUAGUUUCUAACAAAUUGAGAAUAAAUUUAAGCGCUUUCAUCCAUUUGUACCCCCCAAAUCUGAUCAAUGCAUAUAUAAGUACAGUACAUACAUACAAACAAACAAACAAACAUACGUAGUAGCAAAUUAGGGGUUCACUGCCGUAAUGUCCGGCCAAAGGCUCCACUUAUUCAUAUACUCCCACGCAAACGAACAUAGAUAAUACAUUCAUACAUAUUACAAUAACAGUAAAGUGUGGCAGGUGUACCAUAUAAAUAAAACAACAAAAAUCCUUAAUGCAUUUAAUGUCAAACAACCAAACGAAUUGGAAUUAACUGUAUUAAUUGAAGCUGUUAUGCAUAAAUAAUUACAUACGUCAUAUACAUACCACAUACAUAGAUGCGAAGUGCAGGCAUGCUAACAUAUACAUACAUACAUAUUCGUAAAUGCACACUAGUACAUGUGCACCAAUACAAAAGGCAAAAACAUCAUCAUUAUCACGUUCAUAAUCAUUAGCAAAACGAAUUGGUAGUGGAAGGUGAUUUCUUAAGGCAAAUACAAUAUAACAAUAGUUGAAGGCAGGCAUACAUACAUAUGUAUGUAUGUAUUUGAAUCGAAUUCAUUGCUCGAUUACUCGAGAUAUGACAACAACAAAAUUGUAAACAAUAAUAAGAAAAUGUAUAGAAGAUGGAAAUGAUAAAAGGUAAAUAGCAUAGCAAAUCAAAUAAAUGAAAAAGUAAUAACGAAAUGGCAAAUGCAAAACAGCAAAAUAUUAUACAUACAAUAUAAAGAAUAAAAUAAAAUGCUGAAAAUGCGAGAAAAAAUAAAGCACACGUUCGAAAAAAUGCA